AUGUGGCAGGCGUACAACCACUGGCGAUUUCGUGCCCAGUGGACGCAGCGACGCUAUGCUCAAUUCGAGCAUGCGCCAGGCAAGCACGCAAACAAUGGUUUCUUGACCAGGUGCGCUCAUGCCCAAGCAGCCGAAGUCGACUCCAGCGGCGAGAUGGAUACAGGAUGCUUGCAAUUGAUACGUGACGGCGAUGGUGUCAACAGUAUCGUCAUCGCGAAAUACAGGCUGGACAGUAAGGUCAAGGCCCAGACUGCAGGCCCUGCCAGCUUCACUCACCUCACAACUGAGGCCGAUGCGAAUACGCCAUCGAGCGGCAUAUUCUGGAACCCGAGUCAAACUGUGGAACACGCUUGCCUCAACUUUGGGGCCAUGCUCAGCGAGCUCUUCCUGAUCAGCAAGGCUCUGAUGCCGAGAGAAUUGCAGAAGGAACUCGUUCGCCUUGAUGAACUGCACGGGAGUACGCUCCUUGAUCCCGUCGAUACGAACACCAGGAGCCUGCAAAAUCAAGCCCAAGGUGUGCUCAACAUGAUGAGCUUCAUCAACACGAAGAGAAGAAAUAUGAAAGAUGGGUCAAGAAUACCUGACGGGAUCAAACGACUCAUAGAGUGUUCUUGCAAGAGCCCCCCAAACUAG